GAAACAUCCGGUUCAUUUAACAUCGAAGAAUUGAUUUGAGUCUAAGUGCAAAUUAUUGAAGAAAACAAUGAAAAACAUUGCCUUUUGUCUCUUUUGCCUUGCUCUCUUCGUGGCAGCAAAUGCAUUUUCUUGCAGAACCGAACCGGAACGUUGCGAAGAUGGCCAGUGCUGCGUAGAAUUCGGAAUUUUCGGACGAUGCCGUCCACUUCUAAGUGAAGGAGAUCAGUGCGAACUUAGACCAACUGUGUCAACUUUCGACAAGCAUGUCUAUUUGAUGAAAUGCCCUUGUGGGGAUGGCUUGGAAUGCAAAGAAGAUGACAGUGGCUCUACUAUCCAGGGAAAAUGUGUUAAAAGCGAAUAAAAGUAGAAAAGCUCAUAAAACGGUUGGAGAAAAAGGAUCCCAAAUGUCUUCGCAACGAACUGUUUAAUUCAAGACUGUCCAAAAACUUCGAUGUAAAUAAAAAAUGAUUGACUAAAUUGUUUUCAAUUUAC